UUUAUGGGGAUUGACAGGGUGUUUACCUAUGUUAAUUAAGAAUAAUUGACACGCCCUGUCAACUUUAGAAGGAAUGGGAUUCAGCAUGAUAAGAAUGAAACUGCGAACGAUUCUGAGGUUUAAGAACACCUUCGUAAUUCUGCUUAAGACUUUUCGUAGAACUUUCUUAUGAACACAUUUAAGACAAUUCUUCGGAAGAUAUUGGUGAAUGAGGCCCAAUCAGGCAGCUACAGCGCUACACUCUGGGGGCAUGUUUGUCAACCCCUAUGUUCAUGCCCCCAGAGUGUAGUGCGGUAGCUGAAGAAAUGGAGACCUAUGUGAAAAAUCGCCGGAUUUAUCCUUUAAAUAAAAACCACUGUUUAUUGUUUAAAAACUGUGCAAGUUAUCAGGUAAAUGUCAGACAUGGUAUCUAAUGACCAUUUUUUGCCAAUAAAAUGUGUCUAAUGACUAAAAUUACCUAUUAAGGUGCAAUACCAAAUAUAAGUUAUACGAUUACACCAUUGAUACACAUGUACAUCCAGAGUAUCAGAAACACAACACGAAAGCAGUCUUGGUCUAAGGUGUUAAGCUGUGGACAAAACUAACAUAGAGCCAACAAUAGAUACAGCCAACAUGAGAAGUUAAAGACAGUCAAAGUUUACCAGCCGCUCUCCCCUAACAUGACUGAGACAUACUGUGCACCUCUCGACAGGAAAAUGAGGAAGAACGAAAAGGCGCCAAGGAAGUGAAAUAUCAGAAGACUCAACUGUUUAUUUUAACAAGAUGUUUAUUUUGAGAACAUGUACUUCACUCAGCCUAUACACUGACAGAAGACAGUUCAUGCUGCAUGCUUUGUGGACUUAUUUACUUAACCAAACAUCCAUAGCUGGAAUGAAGACCAUAAUCACGACAGAACAAGAUAUGCUUUUAAAAGGCAUGAAGGUAUUUUUGGUGCAUUUUCUCCUGGGUCUAACAGGGGUGCAGAGUGAAUGGAGUGUGACCUACUCCUCUACACAUGUCUGUGGUCUUAAAGGAGCAUCAGUGGUCCUGCCCUGCACAUACCAGUAUUCUAAUGAAGGGGCGUAUCUGGGAGGAGAGUGGUAUGAAGAGAAGAGUGGUAGAGUCAUAAAACACAGUCACUCUAAUUAUCCUGACUGCAGUCUGAACAUUGACACACUUUCAGAUGGAGACUCUGGUGUUUAUCAGUUUCGCUUUUAUACAGUCUUACACUUGACUUGGAUGACAAGCAAACCUGGGAUUACAGUGUCUGUUACAGAUCUGACAGUAGAGGAAGCGGCUGCACACAAACAGAAUCAGACUGAGGUGACCUGCAGCUCCUCCUGCAGUUUGCACCCUGAACUUCAGUAUGUCUGGUACAAGACUGGACAGAUUCUACAAGACAGAACCACAGCCUCCAUACUAGUCUAUGAAGUGGCCAGUUACUCCUGUGCAGUGAGAGGUCAUGAAGCUCUACGCUCCCCAGCAGUGUGUGUUCCAGAUAAACAGUGCUGGGGUGUGACCUACUCUGAUGAGAAUAUCUGUGUAUUAAUGGGCUCAUCAGUGGACAUUCCAUGCACUUACUUGCACCCAAGAGAUGACCGCAUCAAAGAAAUGUUUUGGUUUCACAAACAAAAAUAUGAAAAGUAUUUUGGUGAAAAAGAAAAUAGUUGUACCCUGAGACUGGAACACAUCAGAGAGAGUCACUCUGGAGAAUAUACCUUCAGGUUUACAACAGGACGAGGACAGAAUUACUCUGGAUUACCUGGAGUCAACAUCUCUGUUACAGAUCUGCAGGUGUGGGCACCUCUUGAUACAGUGAAAGAGGGGGACAAAGUCACCCUCACCUGUAAUACUACCUGUACUCUGAGUAACGACCCCACCUUCAUCUGGUACAAGAAUGGACAGCCUGUGACCUACAAACAUACAACCAGAAACAACAAGCUGCAACUAAACCCAGUCAGCAGUGAGGAUGCAGGCAAUUACUCCUGUGCUGUUAAAGGAGACGAGAGUCUCUCUUCAAUAGCUGUCUCUCUUGAUGUCCGAUACAAGCCAAAGAAUGUCCUCGUGUCCAUCACUGCCUCUAGUACAACAGAGGAGGCCAGUGUAGUGACUCUGACCUGCAGCAGUGAUGCCAACCCACCAGUGCACACCUACACCUGGUACAUGAAGAGUGGAGCUGAAUCUCUUGUUAGGGGCACAGGGGAGAGUAUCAGCUUCAAUGUGACCUCUGAUACCAGUGGACUUUACUACUGUGAGGCACAAAAUGAAGAAGGCUCUCAGAUUUCUACUGAAGUCACUGUCCAAACAGAUGCUGAUGUCCUCCUGCCAGCCAUUGUCACCACAUUCAUCAUUCUCGCCGUCCUGCUGAUACUUGGAAUUGUGCACUUGAGAAAGAAGAAUGCUGAAAGUAUUACAAGGGCCACAAAUGUUAACACACAGAGUGACUCAGGUCCCAUGUACAGCACCAUCACAGCAAGAGCCACGACCUCUGACCCCACACAGAGAGCGACCUCAUGUGAUCAAGAUGACAUUAAGUAUGCCAGUGUUCAGAUCAAUCUCUCCAAAACACAGGAAGUGCCUCUAAAUUCCACUGUUAACAUGGCUCCAACAUCCGCACUGGACAACAACAUUGUCUACACUUCAGUUCAGCUCCUCACAGGGAGUGCUGCCACCAGAGCUGAUGAUAAUGGUGAGAUCUACAGUGCAGUCCACAAACCCUGACAGAGAGAAAGGACAGAAAUACCAUCUGUUCAUCUCAUCGUCAGAGUAUAGCGUUCAGUCCCACCCACCUUCCACGAGGGCUUACUUUCCAGAAGUAAAUUUUCCGUUAAUUUCUCCAAUAGAUGUCUGGAAAAUCUGUAUAUAGUUCUAAAGAGUUUUAGACCUGUGUCUUAAGCUGACCAGCUAUGACGUGACUUGUGACGUAAUCAGUUCAUGUUGAGCAAAAAAACUAACAGAAAAACUAAAAUAAAGGUAAAGGUUUUAAAAGCUACAUUGUGUAAUUGUUUGGGCCGAUUUUUAGCAAAAACACAU